AUUGACAGUAUCUGACUCACACAUUAUCGGUCACUUUCUUGUAGGUAUUUGAUUUUUACUUUUCUAGAAAAAUAGGACGUUAGUAAAUAAUCUUGAGUGUUUUUAUUUCUCUUAGUCAAGGGUGCUAUAUAUAAGAUCCCCAAAAAUUGGAUUUGUUAAGUUUUAACAGUGAUAAUACUUACAUUACAAUGCCAGCUUAUCAUUCGACUUUAGAAUACAGUCAGUCAAUAGGCAAUUUGGCUUUACUUCCUGUACGUACUACUUUCAGAGGCCCAGCGCCUACAAGCCCGAAAAUAGAGUUAGAUGUUAUUGAUGAAGCUUUAAAUUAUUUUAAAGCUAAUGUUUUCUUCAGGUUCUAUGAAAUUAAGUCUGAUGCCGACAGAGUACUCAUUUAUUUAACCUUGUACAUUUCUGAAUGUCUAAAAAGACUGCAAAAGUGCUCAAACAAGAAUCAAGGACAGCAAGAGAUGUAUAUGUUGGCAAUAUCUAAAUUUGAUAUUCCAGGCGAGCCAGGAUUCCCUCUUAAUUCUGUCUAUGCUAAACCAAGCCCCCAAGAAGCAGAUUUGAUGAGGCAAUACUUACAGCAGCUGAGGCAUGAAACUGGAAAUCGAGUUUGUGAAAAGGUUUUUGCGACAGAAGAUGGAAAACCAAGCAAGUGGUGGCUAUGUUUUGCUAAAAGGAAAUUCAUGGACAAGUCUCUUUCGGGCCCUGGCCAGUGAAUUAAACAAACACAUUUCUGUAUUAAUAGUCUUUAUUUUACGUAAUAUUGAUAUCAGUAGUUAUAUUUAAGUCCAAUCAAUUAUUAUCACAGGAAAUUAUAUGAACAUUUUAAACUGUUAAUUUUAUUUGUAUUGUUAUUUUAAAAUAUAUUUAUGCAUAUUUCAGACUUCAA